ACCUAAAUCCGGGACUUUUAUUUUGAAGGCCAGAGUCUACACGAGUAACGUACUGAAUGUAAACAAUCCGGAGCUAACGACAGGCUGCGGGUCUUGAGCCAUGUCGGUGUGCUCAGCUCUGCUGAAUCGCCAUUUAGUUGGAGGCUGCUGCAGGGCUUGGUGGGGUGUUCCUCGACCUCUGGUCCACAUCAGAUCAGCCAGUGUAGCCGAGCCAGGGACACAAAGAUCUGAUGAAGACUCACUUUGGGAGGCAGGAGGCUACCUGCCAUUCUCUGGAGCCAAGAUCGGCUCUUUCUUUCAGGAGCAGCCUGUGUUGAAGAACCCAUUUCUAGAGGAUGCCUUACUCAGAGGAUACCUGAGGAGACACCUACCAGAGGAGGCAGUGUCCUCAGACUUGUGUGCAUUUGGAGAACGUAUAGCAAAUGAGGUGGACGGGUGGGGCCGUGAGUGUGAGGUUACUCCUCCUCGUUUGGUGCACUUCGACCCCUGGGGUCGCAGAGUGGACCACAUUGUGACCUCCCAGGCCUGGAAACGCAUGAAAGACCUGUCGGCAGAGGAAGGACUUGUUGCCAUCGGUUAUGAGAGGUCGUACAGGGAAUGGAGUCGUGUGUUCCAAAUGAGCAAGUUAUACAUCUUCUCGCCCUCCUCUGGUCUCUACACCUGUCCUCUGGCCAUGACUGAUGGAGCUGCUAAAGUCAUCGAGUCUAUAGGGGAUUCUUGGCUGGUGGAUGAAGCCUACAGUCGUCUGACCACCCGUCAGCCCAAACGAUUCUGGACGUCUGGACAGUGGAUGACUGAGAGACAGGGAGGAUCUGAUGUGGCCAGCGGCAUAGAGACAGUAGCAGUUUCUCAGACAGAUGGUUCAUACAAACUUCACGGCUAUAAGUGGUUCACGUCUGCUACAGACGCUGAUAUGACUCUCACACUGGCCAGAACACAGGAUCGAACCGGAGCAACGACACCGGGUAGUAGAGGUUUGUCUUUGUUCUAUGCAGAGGUGUGCAGAGGUGAGGAUGGCCGGCUGAAGGGCAUCGAGGUUCAGAGACUGAAGGACAAGCUGGGCACGAGACAGAUGCCGACUGCUGAGCUGCUGCUGGAUGGUCUACCUGCACACAAGCUGUCAGAAGAAGGUCGAGGUGUGGCCUCCAUAGCUAACAUGUUAACAGUAACCCGGAUUCACAACAGCGUAUCUGCAGCAGCUGCAAUGAGAAGGGUGGUGCAGUUAGCUCGUGACUAUGCCACUCGCCGCACUGCCUUCGGAAAGCUUCUUAAAGACCACCCACUGCACAUGCGGACUCUGGCUAGGAUGGAGGUGGAGACUCGUGGCGCGUUCCUGCUGGUGAUGGAUGUGUGUCGCCUGCUGGGCCGAGAGGAGAGCAAAAUGGCGAGCUCGCUGGAUGCACACCUACUCCGUCUUCUCACUCCUGUGGUCAAACUGUACACUGGGAAGCAGGCGGUGGCUGUGGUGUCGGAGGGUUUGGAAAGCUUUGGGGGACAAGGCUACAUCGAGGAUACCGGGCUGCCUGCAAUGCUUCGGGAUGCACAGGUGUUGAGUAUAUGGGAAGGUACCACAAAUGUUCUGUCUCUGGAUGUGCUGCGCUGUGUGGCUCGUAGCUCUGGAAUGGUUCUUCAUGCUUACUUUUCUCACACUAAGUCCUUGCUCUCAGGUGCAUCGGGUGUUUCCUCAUUGGCUCCAGCAAUAACAGCGGUAGAUGCUGCUCUGUCUGAACUGAAGGACUUUGUACAGGUAGCAGCUACCAGAGAACCUGGCUACCUGGAGCUAGCAGCCAGAGACCUGGCAUACAGCUUGGCUCGCAUCUACACAGGUGCACUUCUCAUCGACCAUGCAUGUUGGACAGGAGCCUCUCCAUCUGACACCUAUGCUGCUCUGAGGUGGUGUGAGAAAGACCUGUGUCCUGUGGUGACUAAACAGAGGAGAGGCUGCUAUGAUCCAAACUCUCCUCCACUCGAUGCUGCACUGGUGUAUGAUCAGCUAAUUCAGGACUGAAAGUGUUCAAUGAUAACGGAUGAUUAAUGUUUAUUCUGUGACUUAAUCUGCCUUGUUUUGCCUUUCUUUAAUUUUGUCAAAUCUAGUUACGUUUUUCAGCAUUUAUAUUAUCACUAAGACUAUGUUUAGUAAAUAAUCAAACCCAUGUAUAUAAACACAGAAAUGAAACUGAAUAUGAAGUGUCUAAUAGACCACUCUUCUAUUUGUAAGGAAAUUAUGUGGUGAUGUUUUUAUUCCUAAUCACUGUAUGUACAUAUCUGAUUUAUGUUGUGGAUGCAAUAAAGGGUGAACCAUAGUUUAAA